CUCCGCAAUCCGUCAUUUUUCGCCAGCCCAAACGGAAUUACAUAAAAGUGUGAAGUGGGAGCAGAGCUGAAAAACACUUCGUGAACUUAUUUCCCGAAUUUUCGUAACUUCCACGGCCUCUGGAACGAUGGCAUCGCUACUGCGUUCGAUUUCCGCGGUGGCCCGCAGUGGCCUUCUAAGCGGAAAUGCUCUAUCCCGUGCAGCUGUAGCUCCAUCGUCUUCUAUCGUGCGAUUCAAAUCGGAAGCAGCCGCCGAAAGCCGACCAACUGUCCGCAAGCCGGACGUUGUGGCCCGCUCGGAUUUGGCCGACUUUGGCAAAUACGUUGCCGAAUGCCUGCCAAAGUACGUCCAGAAGGUGCAGCUCACCGCCGGUGACGAGCUGGAAGUGCUGAUUGCCCCCGAGGGUGUCGUCCCAGUGCUCCAAUUCCUGAAGGACCACCAUCAGGCCCAGUUCGCAAACCUGGUGGACAUCGCCGGCAUGGACGUUCCCAGCCGUCAGUACCGAUUCGAGGUAAUCUACAACAUCCUGUCGCUUCGGUACAACUCGCGAAUCCGGGUUAAGACCUACACGGACGAGCUGACCCCUAUUGAUUCAGCCAACGAGGUGUUCAAGGCGGCCAACUGGUACGAGCGGGAGAUCUGGGACAUGUACGGCGUCUUCUUCGCCAACCAUCCCGAUCUGCGCCGGAUUUUGACCGAUUACGGCUUCGAGGGUCAUCCGCAGCGGCGCGACUUCCCGCUGAGCGGCUACGUCGAGCUGCGGUACGACGAUGAGAAGAAACGUGUUGUUUGUGAACCACUCGAGUUGGCACAGGAAUUCCGCAAGUUUGACCUGUCGGCACCGUGGGAGCAGUUCCCGAACUUCCGCGAUGCCAAUCCACCCACCGAGGAGGUGCCUACCAAGCCGGAGGAAAAGAAGUAAGCAAUGAAUAAGGGGGAAGGGACCCGGUAAAAAAGCGAUUAUCGUUUGAAACUAAACGUAGAUGUUUAUUGAACCGAUUA